ACUCGUUACAAUUACUUGUACCACUACCUUCUAUACACUUUUGCUUGAUACCUAGAAAAGUCUUUACUUUUUAAACCCCCCCACAGCCAAAAUGAAGUUCGCUCUUGCCACUGUCGCUCUCGCCGCUACCGUCCUUGCUGGCCCUACUGACGAUAUCCUCAAGGGUAUCCAGUCCGAUAUCCAGGCUCUCGACAAGGCUGUCCAGUCCUACUCUGGUGAUAAGGCUCCUCUUGUCAGCGCUGCCGACAAGCUCGUCUCUGACAUCAAGGCCGGCACCGGCAAGAUCUCUGGUGGUCCUGACUUGACUGAUGCCGAUGCCGUCACUCUUGUUCCUCUUGUUCAGGGUAUCAACAAGGAUGGCGAGACCCUCACCAACGACUUGAUUAGCAAGAAGGACCAGGUCCAGACUGCCAAGGAGUGCUCUACCGUCCGUGGCGUUGCCACCAACCUCAACAGCGCCUCCCAGGACCUCAUCAAGGCCAUCGUCGCCAAGACUCCCGAGAAGCUCCAGUCUAUUGCCCAGGGCCUUGCUGGUGACCUCACCAAGACCCUCCAGAAGGCUCAAGACGCUUUCUCCGAGGCCAACUGCAAGGACGCCUCUGGUGGUGGCAGCACCCCCUCUGGCUCUUCCAAGCCCUCUGGCUCUUCUACCCCCGCCAGCUCUACUCCCGCUGGCUCGGCUCCCGCCAGCUCUACUCCUGCCACCAAGCCCACUGGCAGCGCUAGUCAGUCUGCUCCCGCCACCGUUCCCACCGGUGCUGCCGGCGCUCUCGCCCCUGGUGCUCUCAUUGCCGCCGCCGUCGCUGCCCUUGCCCUGUAAAUGGGUGAAGUAGCUCGGUACCCAAUGUUUCCCUUUUUAUUUUCUUCUAUUUUUUUUUUGAAAAGACGGGAUGGCUUGCCUUGGCCGAAUCGGCCUAGGUGGCGUUCUAUCUAGCUGAGGGUUCACUUCUGUAUAAUACAAAGGUGCUCGCAACCUUUUUUUGUUGAUAGCCUAUCCUCUACAAAGGCGAGAUGAUGCCUGAAUGACGGACGAAUUAAUAAAACACAAUUCUUU